CAUAACAGAUGGUGGGAUGGGAACGCUUGUUAUGUGGGGAGACUCGUGGAUUGCUUGACAAUCGAGGUGGGGAACCUGAAUUUGGCCCCCGAAUCACUUGACGGCCAUAUGCCAAAUAUUCGCCUGCGCCAAACAGCGAGAAGAAGGAGAAGUGUUUCUCCCUCCUUGGAUAUGGGUGCCCUUCUGCACUGACAGAAGCUGGUUCUUCUCGCUUCGAAGUGAAGACAGCGAAUUGGAGACACCCCUCUCAGGUUGGACCUUUCUUCGUCUGUAAUGAGCUUUCUCGGUAGAAAUUUGAAUUCCCAUGGUUUCAUUCUUUGUUUCGUCCGGAGAUGGUAGACACUCUUAGAACUUGGUCUCAGAUUAGCCACAGCAUCGAUGGGUUCUGUGCCCCUAAACCAUCUGUCAAACAGGGAAGCGUUAACUCUGUAAAAGCUUCCAAUGUGGGCUUCAGCUUCAGGGGCAGUGGUCAAUUUGGCAUUCAAAAUGGAAGGCUGCUGAAGCAAAGACGCACUUUUUUUUUCAUAUUUCGUGCUUCUUGUUCGCGCAAAAGCAUGACACUAGGUCGAGAAGGAACUUACAGAAAUAGCCAUGAAGUGAAACCCGUGCGAUUUGCCGAGUGUGAGCUUGCUUUUGAAGAAGCAAAACACGAAGAAUCCAAUUUGAGUAGGGAAGGCACAGAGGAGCUACCACUGUUAAGUAAUGAUCCAAAUCAUGGCAUAAAGGAUUACUAUCGUGAGGUCGUCCACGGUAGUACCUUUGGUGUUGAGAAGGCGUACAGUGGGAGAAAUUUUCACUUUCUAGAGGAAAGGGAUGAGGGAAUAUUAUCAGAGAGGAUAUUGAGUCUCAGUCGGUCAAACAAGUUAAGAAGCUUAUUGGAAUUAUAUGCGUCCAUGGAGAAAUCUGGCCUUCAGCCUAAUUUACAUGCAUGCAAUUCUCUCGUUUCUUGUCUAGUGAGGAACGGAUUGCUUGAUGACGCAUUAAGAGUUUUUGAGAGGAUGAAAAAGGAGGAAAUGGCAAGUGGACAUACUUAUAGCUUGAUCCUCAAAGCGAUUGCAAAUGAAAGGGGAUGCAUCUCGGCUUUGGAAAUGUUCGAAGAACUAGAAAGGGAAGAGAAGCUGAGCCACAGCUGUGACAUAAUUUUGUACAACACGAUGAUGACUAUUUGUGGGAAAAUGAAGCACUGGCAAAAGGUGGAACAACUGUGGAGGAGGCUAAAGCAAGAUGGUUGCAAAGAAACCAGGGUCACAUAUAACUUGUUGGUCAGUGCAUUUGUUCAAUGUGAUCAAACUGAGUUGGCUCUGGAUGCUGCUUUCGAAAUGGUUCAGAGUGGAUGGGAACUAAAAGAGGAUAUUCUGAAAGGCAUUAUCAGUUGUUGUGCAAAAGAUGGGAAAUGGAUGUUGGCUUUGAAGUUCUUCAAUCAAAUGCUAAAUGCUGGUCUCAAACCGAAUUCUAUCACAUAUAACGCUGUGAUCAAUUGCCUUGGGAAGGCUGGGGAAGUUGAUCUUGCCUUUAGAGUGUAUGACCACCUGAAAUCUUCUGGUCAAAAGGAUGACUCAUACACUUGGAAUGCAUUGCUUACUGCACUAUACCGUGUAAAACGAUAUGGUGAUGCUCUUCAGCUUUUUGAGAGGAUAAGAAAAGAUUAUGUGUCUGAGAUGAGCCCCCAUCUCUAUAAUAUGGCACUGAGGUCAUGCCAGAAACUUGGGCGCUGGGAGAGAGCUUUGCAACUUCUAUGGCAGAUGGAAAGGCUUGCGAUGGCUCCAUCAACCACAUCAUACAAUUUCACUAUUGGUGCUUGCGAACGUGCAAGAAAGCCAGAAUUUGCUUUACAAGUAUAUCAACAUAUGAUGCAUAGAAAGUGCAUGCCUGACACUUUCACAUAUGCCUCACUGAUAAGAGCUUGCAUAGCAGGAUCACUAUGGUCCAAAGCGGAAGAAAUUCUGGAUCGUGUGGGUCCGAAUGCAUCUCUCUACAAUUUGGUCAUUCAAGCUUUCUGCUCUCAAGGCAAGAUCAUAUCAGCAAAGAGACUAUAUAUGAAGAUGCGAAGCCAUGGACUUCAUCCUGAUGUGUUUCAUCUAGAUUUCUGGCGUCCGGUGAAACUGCACCAUAUCAGAUACCGGACUUCCACAGGCAAAUGGGGUUGCACAGGAGCCAACUGCAGCCUUAGUAUCGAUAUUUGCAGUUCAACUCAUGUCACUGCUAUUCCCUUGUACAACCUUCAAACUAAUACGCCCUUGGGCCAAGGGUCUAGCCUGGGAGUUAUACUAUCCUGAGGAUCAAUAUACGAUUUAUCUGUUAACAAGCUCUGAAUCUUUUUGUGGUUAAAUAACAAGUAUUAAACUCCAUUUGGACGAAAAUGGUUGCAGUAGGAAAUUCAUUCUAGUUCAUCAAAUCUGAAGAAUUGAGGAUGAUAUAUCUGAUUUCCUGGGUUCUUUCUGUUUAUGAUACGGAAUUGUGAAAGCUGUUUUUGGGUGGUGGCAGUAGCUAGAGUGGUAUGUGGAUUCUCUUUCAGCUUUCUGGUGUUUGGCAGUUUCAGAGAAGGGGAAGUACGACCUAUGAGCUAAGAGUGCACUUACUGUCUUCAGUUCCACCUUCAUGCUACCAAGGAGGAGUCAUCUUUGACUGCAGAGAUCUUCUAAGCCACUGAGGCCAUCACCUAAAACCAUUGCAAACCAACUCUCUCUUUUUCUCUCCAACACGUUCAGAGGAAGGAGAGAGAGCCUCCAGUUUAGCUAUGCUGUGGAGUACGGUAAUAGCAUGGCCCAAAAUUGACUCGAACGCAUGGUCUGUCAGACGUGAACUCAGCUUCAUAGUUUAUUCCAGUUUCCACCAGAAUGACGUACGAUUGAAACAGAAGGUAGCGAUGAACCUGGAUGCAUAACGCUACGAACAUGUUUCAAAUGCUUAAAUAUGAUAUCCGCCGUGUCCAAUAGGCGCACUCCGUCCCGGGAAAGAAGAAACUGGAAAGCAUGGAUUGAAAUGGUUGUUUAAACGAUAUGUCCAGGGAUUCCUUAAUCUGAUGCGGCAUUCGAGGAGACAUCUUGAAUGAGUUAGGGAGGAUUCCACCCUUGGUAUUGAUUGUUUUAUCGAUGGAAAAUUUUGGACCUCCGGUUUCCUAAUGUUGGAGAAUCGAGCAAUGGGCGGUGGUUAGCUUCUUCAACAGAAAAGUUUAUCCUUGUUCAGCAGCUUCUUCUUAA